GACAAAAUAGUCUUCUAAAAAGAUCAAAUUUGAAAGCAUUUUACUCAUGGCUGUGAACAGGUAGCGCGCUGCCUGCCAACCACCGGGGCGGUGCAUGCACGCCACGCUGGCCGCAACGUGCGUGAUGGAGCCCCUCGAUCCUCCAGUCCUCCACGCGCAAACACACAAGCUGGCUGGCCGGAGCACGGACGGACGGAGUACCACCCAACACGAAACGUACCUACGCACACCUGGGCCGGCCUGCACCCGCUCCUUCCUCCCGGAUUCCCUUGUGAUUUUCCCUCUGUAAAUAAACGUGGGUCGCGCACCGACAUCGUCGGUCGAGGCAAUCAUCAACCCUGUCCGAUGUCCUUUCCCUGCGCACCUGGAGUUGAAAUGCGUACUAUAUAUAAUCCGAUGCGCAUGUGGCCAUGUGCCGUUGCGUGAUCCGAGUACAGAGCGCCGCUGUCGGUCGCCGCCGCGGUCUCCAUUGCCAUUGCCAUUGCCAAGGGGAGGCUCUCGCUCCGCCUUUGCCAUCCUCUAGUCCCGCUCCCGCCCACCCCUCUGCGCCGGCGUCCGGUCCUUGUCACCGCGCGCGCGUCGUGGUGGUGCCGAGCGCGAUGGCGUCGUCGUGGGCGCUUCUGGCCGCGGUGCUGCUGACGACCCACGCCGUGGCGGCGGUGUCUGGCACCCGGGCAGCGGCGGAUGCUACACGGCUGCCUUCGUCGGAGCCGGGGUUCAGGGAGGCGCCCGCGUUCCGGAACGGCGACGGGUGCGCGCCGCGGGGCGCGGGGGAGCGCGUGCACAUCGCCAUGACGCUGGACGCCAACUACCUCCGGGGCACCGUCGCGGCGGUCUUCUCCAUCCUGCAGCACACGGCGUGCCCGGAGGACGUGUCGUUCCACUUCCUGGCGGCGCGGCGGCGGGACGCCGACGCCGUGCGCGCCACCUUCCCGUACCUGGACCCCAGCGUGUACAUCUUCGACCCGGCCCGCGUCAGCGGCCGCAUCUCACGCUCAGUCCGCCACGCGCUGGACCAGCCGCUCAACUACGCGCGCAUCUACCUCGCCGACACGCUGCCCCGCGCCGUGCGCCGCGUCAUCUACCUCGACUCCGACGUGGUGGUCGUGGACGACGUGCGGAAGCUCUGGUCCGUGGACCUGGACGCCGGCGGGGGGCACGUGGUGGCGGCGCCCGAGUACUGCCACACCAACUUCACCAAGUACUUCACCGACGCCUUCUGGUCGGACCCGCGGCUCAGCGCCACGUUCCGGCAGGGCCCGCACCGGCGCCGCCGGCCGUGCUACUUCAACACGGGCGUGAUGGUGAUCGACGUGGCGCGGUGGCGCGCCGGGGGGUACUCGAGGCGGGUGGAGGAGUGGAUGGCGGUGCAGAAGGAGGAGAAGCGGAUCUACAGCCUCGGGUCGCUGCCGCCGUUCCUGCUGGUGCUCGCCGGCGAGAUCAUGCCGGUGGACCACCGGUGGAACCAGCACGGGCUCGGCGGGGACAACGCGGAGGGGAGGUGCCGGAGCCUCCACCCGGGCCCCAUCAGCCUGCUGCACUGGAGCGGGAAGGGGAAGCCGUGGCUGCGGCUCGACACCCGGAAGCCGUGCACCGUCGACUACCUCUGGGAGCCCUACGACCUCUACAAGGCCGCCGCCGCCACCGCCAUCGAGGAGUGAGCCGCCGCCGUAACCGUGUUUGAUGAAUGAGCCGCCAUGACCGAUCGAUCGAUUCGAUUGAUUGAGAGCUGGCACUGGUCGAGGCGAGGGGCGGGCAGAUCGAAGAGGAAACACGGCGUAUCAUGCAUGCGGGCGCCAGGAUUGGAUUUGGAGGGAAGUUUGUCAUUCGGGAGAGCUCCAAGAAUUUUGCGAGGGAAGCAGAGGGGAUCGAAUUCCCAUUUUUUUUCCUGGGGGUGGUCAUCGUGCAAUUGACAGUUUUGCCCUUGGAUUGUGUGUAUAUAUAGGACACGUCACACGCGGGUGGGUCGGGCCGGAGGUUUUGUACUCCAGCAAAUGAGUAUGCAUAAAUGUGUAUAUGUAUACGUGCGAAUGUACUGGGUACAAUGUAGGCCUUCAAAGUUAUACCUUUUCAGCGGGACUUUCAAAGUUAUACUAAAACGACGACAAAUAAUUUGAAUCGAA